GGUGUGUGGAGAACGCCGCUAACGGUGGCUGGCACGGGCGCAGUGUGCACGUGUGUACAUUGAAUAAACCAAUAGCCACCUACCCGUGGCUCGCGUCUUCAGAAUUGUAUUCCACUCAGAGAAAGUAACUAGCCGGAGAAGAGUUCCAAUUUGGUGUCGUCACCAUUCUCUCUUCUCUUUUCUUCUCUUCUGAAUCGAAUCGAUCGGCGCAUAUGGCACUCUCGCGCCUUCGCCACCCUCUCUUCUCUCGCUCCCUUCGUAUCCUCUCUUCUUCCACCAGAUCCCUCUCUCGAACUUCUAAUUCAACGAUUUUUUCCGCGGCAGCUCAAUCGAGUAUAAGACCCACAUCUUGCUCAGGGAUUACUGGAAUUAAUGAUAGGUCUAUGAAGUCAAAGUGGACUGAUGUCAAAUACUUUUCAUCUUCAGAAUCUUCAUUCGAAGUCCUUGGGAUGCCAGCUUUAUCACCUACAAUGACGCAAGGUAAUAUUGCAAAAUGGAGGAAGAAAGAAGGAGAAAAGAUAGAAGUGGGGGAUGUACUAUGUGAAAUUGAAACUGACAAAGCUACGCUAGAAUUUGAAAGUCUUGAAGAGGGAUUUCUGGCUAAGAUAUUGGUACCUGAAGGUUCAAAGGAUGUGCCUGUUGGACAACCAAUUGCUAUAACAGUUGAGGAUGAAAAGGACAUCCAAAAUGUUCCUGCUUCUGUGGGGGGUCAGGUUGAAGAGACGAAACCAGCACAGCAGGAUGUUACAGAUGAGAAGAAACCAGAAUCAACUUCUACUAUGAUUAAUGCAUCAGAACUUCCUCCUCAUGCCCUUCUUGAAAUGCCAGCUUUGUCUCCGACAAUGAACCAAGGUAACAUUGCUAAAUGGAGAAAACAAGAAGGAGACAAGAUUGAAGUGGGUGAUAUAUUGUGUGAGAUAGAGACAGACAAAGCUACACUUGAAUUUGAAACUCUUGAAGAGGGGUACCUGGCUAAGAUACUUGCUCCAGAAGGUUCGAAAGAAGUGGCAGUUGGGCACCCUAUUGCAAUAACAGUUGAAGAUGAAAGUGACAUUGAAGCUAUAAAGAAUUCUGUUAACAGCAGUUCAACAAACCAACAGAAGGCCCCCCAACAUGACACUAAAAGUGAGGUCAAAGCUCAAAAAACCAAAAUAGCACGAAUCAGCCCAGCUGCGAAGUUGCUAAUUGCAGAGUAUGGAUUGGACGCAUCAACAUUGAAUGCAACUGGUCAUUACGGCACCCUACUGAAAGGGGAUGUUCUUUCUGAAAUUAAGUCAGGAAAAUUGUCUCCUAAACCUGUUUCACCUAAAGAAAAGGUGCUGUCAUCUCAAAGUCAUCAACAAGUGGCAGCUUCUCGAGAAUCAAAGUCUAACUUAGGGCAGUCGGAUUCUUAUGAAGAUUUUCCUAAUAGUCAAAUUCGCAAGGUGAUUGCCAAGAGGUUAUUGGAAUCAAAACAAAAUACACCACACUUAUAUUUAUCAUCAGAUGUUAUACUGGAUCCUCUUCUUUCCCUUCGGAAGGAUCUUAAAGAGCAGUAUGAUGUUAAAGUUUCUGUGAAUGACAUUAUUAUCAAAGUUGUAGCUGCUGCUCUUAGAAAUGUACCUGAAGCAAAUGCAUACUGGAAUGUUGAGAAGGGCGAGGUCGUUUUAAAUGAUUCUGUUGAUAUAUCAAUUGCAGUUGCCACGGAUAAGGGCUUGAUGACUCCAAUAAUAAAAAACGCUGAUCAGAAGACUAUCUCUGCUAUCUCCUCAGAGGUCAAGGAACUAGCUGCAAAGGCACGUGAUGGCAAGUUGAAGCCACAGGAAUUCCAAGGGGGGACGUUUAGCAUUUCAAACUUAGGAAUGUUUCCGGUGGAUAAAUUUUGUGCGAUUAUAAAUCCCCCUCAGGCCUGCAUUCUUGCUGUUGGGAGAGGCAACAAAGUUGUGGAACCAGUACUUGGAGAUGAUGGAGUUGAGAAGCCAUCGGUUGCCACUAAGUUGAACUUAACGUUGUCUGCUGAUCAUCGUGUUUUUGAUGGCAAGGUUGGAGGUGCAUUUCUCUCUGCGUUGCAAUCAAACUUCAGUGAUAUAAGACGACUUCUUUUAUAAUGACGCAAACCAAUUUUCAUGUUACUUAUUGAACUUACUACCAAUGAUGUGGAUUCACCACAACCUGGUUCAAACUAACAUACCAUCUCCAUUUUUGUCCUUUUCUCAUUUAUUCCUUCAUCUGAAACAGUUUUGGAUUGUUGCGCCUCAUUAGUUUUUGUAUAAUAAUAUCUGGGGUCUAAUUAAUACCCUGAGAAACGACCCACCAAGGUAUCAUCUAACAUUAGGUUUCCAACAAUCGAGAUUCAUGACGUUGGAUAUUUUGCUCAUUAGGCACUUUGCUGCUCUUUUAUGUGAAAUUUUGUAUGAAGAUCUCUGUAUAGACAGUCAUUUGGAUGAAUAAAUAUUCUUUUCGUGUGCUGCAUCUGUCAUCCGACUUAAGUGAUGGCAUGAUUUGGCACAAUGGCACACUGCUGAUUCCUCCUCAGCCUUUUUCAUCUUUAAUUUUUGUGCCAGGAUUUGGCCUAGUGGUUGGUUCAAUAUUGGGAAAUUCGGCUAAA